GAAUAAAAAGCGUUAAGUGGAAUGGGGUCUCAAACCUUUCUCCAUAGUGACUCAUAUAGGAGUAAUUUAAUCUUAAGAUAAAAUAAGUACGCAGAAGAAAAUCCACAAUAAAAUUACAAGAGCCUUCGAUCUUAAGGAAAGUUUUUGACCGAUAUUACGCGUCCCCGUCCACGCCCUUCAUAGAGGAGCAGUUCAAGGGUUUUGAGACGAAAUUGGAACGAUGUCGAUGCUUGAUUCUUUCUUCAACAAGGGUUUCAAGGCCGCCAAAUGUAAAACCCUGCUGAAGCUGACAAUUCCCCGCAUAAAGUUACUGAGAAACAGGAGAGAGAUUCAAUUGAAGCAGAUGCGCCGAGACAUUGCCAAGCUCCUUGAGACUGGGCAAGAAGCUACUGCUCGCAUUCGGGUAGAGCAUAUUAUCAGGGAAGAGAAAAUGAUGGCGGCACAGGAGAUCAUUGAGCUGUUUUGUGAGCUUAUUACUGUCCGCCUUCCCAUUAUUGAAGCGCAAAGGGAAUGCCCAUUAGAUUUGAAAGAAGCGAUAUCGAGUUUGUGUUUCGCUGCACCAAGGUGUGCAGAUCUGCCAGAGUUGCUUCAGGUUCAAAUGCUAUUUAUUGCCAAAUAUGGGAAGGAAUUUGUAGCAGCUGCAACUGAGCUUAUGCCAGAAUGUGGUGUCAACCGCCAGCUGGUAGAACUGCUAUCAGUUCGUGCUCCUGAUCCUGAUGUGAAACUGAAGCUAUUGAAGGAAAUUGCUGAAGAGCACGAGUUGGAUUGGGAUCCAGCUGCUUCUGAAAAGGAGUUACUGAAAUCACAUGAAGACUUGCUGAAUGGACCAACUAAUUUUGUCAGCGGGUCCAAAUUGCCUCUUCCCAAAGAAAAACACGAGGAGUCAUUGUACUCUGCCUCAGAACAAGCCCCCAAUGAAGAUUCAGAUUCUGACACAUCAGAUUUCCCUGAAGUUCCUCAGGCAUCAGUACGGGUAAACACUGUUUCAGCUCCAGAAAUGCUUUCCUUCCCAGAGGUCGAUCUCGAAUCAGAAAAACAUUUUGGAAAUCCAGCACACGAACCAGACUUGGACACUCACGAUGUGUUGCAAGAGAAAUCAGUCGCUACUACAAAUAUUGAAUUGCCUGAAAUUCCAGUUUAUCCAAUGGAAGAUAAACAAUUUGUGCCAUUUAUAUCUCCCCCAUCACUAUCUUCUUCUUCAACGUUUUCCGUGAGACGGACCGAGCCAUCUCCCCCCCUUUCAAGAACAAAAAGUGAAGCCAAUGUGGAUUUGCAGGAUGUGUUGGUUGCUGCUCAUGCUGCUGCCGAAACGGCCGAACGCGCAGCAGCUGCUGCCCGCUCGGCAGCUAGUCUCGCACAGAUCAGAAUUAGUGAACUUGUCAUGAAAAAGAAUGAUGAGGUCUCUGAUCAUAUCAGUGAGAACCCAUUUCAUGCCGAUACUUGUCAGUCUCCCACAAUUGAUAAGCCGCAUCUAUCUCAUCAAAAUUCUUCAGGUGUUUCACAUUCUCCCAGUUCAUAUGAAGAUCAUGAAAAUCACCUGGUGCAGCACCAGGCAUCGAGUCUUCCUUCGUAUGACAAACGUAAAGUGGAAUUGGAUUCCUCCUCCCUCUUUAGCAAUGAUAUUCCUGGACACGGGACCGAUUCUCACCAGCCUCAGAGGUUGACUUCCAUGGAUGAUGAGACUUACCUCUCGUACCCGAACUUGUUUUCGCGGCAAGAUUCAAAUGUACGCCCAUAAUCUUUGGUUUGGCCUGUUGACCUUAGCUCUUUGGCGUGUGGAUUCUCAUGUUUUUUACCAUGUCGUGUAAGUUUUCGCUACUGGCCUUAGCUCUCUGGUGGGUGGAUUCUCAUGUUUUUUACCAUGUCCUGUAAGUUUUCGCUAUUGAAUGAAUACAUAUAUGUUGCAUAUCAUGGCUGUGUUUGGGAGCGUGAAAUGAGAAGUUGGAGCAUUCAGGUGUUCAUCUGCUGAAGUGGUGGAAAGGCAGUUCAUGCUAUAUUAUCAAUAAUUUUGUAGGAUCAUUUGCUGUAUGUAUAUUUUGGAAUAAAGGUUUUCCUUAAUUUUUAUCUGUCAAAUUGUGCAGAGUACUUCAAAGUA